GUGGCAAUCCUACAUAACCUAGAAUCGAUGCCUAGAAUCUAGAAUAGUUUUCAAAUUUUUUAUUUAUUUCUCUUAUUUCUAAUAAUUAAUGCUUUUAUUGUAUAUGUAUUUAUCUAAAUCAUGAGCGCUACCAUAAAAGAUAAUAAUAAAAAGCGUAGUUGGAGUGAGGUAAAUAAAAGUAAAAAGGCAGAAAGGAAAAAAUGGAAAGAAGUAAAUUUAGAGAAAAAGAUGAAAAAAGAGCUGACUGGAGCUGAAAUUAAUCAAAAUUUAAUUGCAAAUCAAGAACAUAUAACAGCACUCAAAAGAUUUUCAUCUAUUUCUAUAGCCGUUCCAGGUUCUAUUAUAGAAAAUGCCCAAUCUCCCGAACUAAAAACAUACUUAGCUGGUCAAAUUGCAAGAGCUGCUUGUAUUUUUCAAGUUGAUGAAAUUGUUGUUUUUGAUGAUUAUGCAGAUGAAGUUACUGCCAAAAAGGCAAAGUUCAAUGAUAAUGUUGGUGAACAAGUGGCUAGGCAAAGUUGUGUACAAUUGGGACGAAUAUUACAGUAUCUUGAAUGUCCUCAAUAUUUACGAAAAAGUUUUUUCCCGAUUCAUAAUGAUUUAAAAUAUUGUGGUAUAUUAAAUCCCUUAAAUGCCCCACAUCAUUUGGGCACUAAAGAUGAGUUUAUUUUUAGGGAAGGGGUGGUUUUAAAUACACCUGUUAAAGUAGGAAAAGGAUCUAUAGUCAAUGUGGGAUUACUUCAGCCUGUUCAAAUUGAUAAAACCUUAGUUCCAGGGAUUCGUUGUACUGUAAAGCUACUUCCUAGAGAUACAAACAGUAAAAAGUUAAAGGGAGUAGUUGUAUCUCCCCUUUUGCCUAGAAGUGAAACUGGAAUAUAUUGGGGAUAUGCUGUAAGAAUAGCAAAGUCCUUAUCAAAGGUUUUUUCUCAAUGUCCAUACAAAGAGGGGUAUGACUUAACCAUUGGAACAUCAGAUAAGGGAAGCUCUGUUGAUGAGUUUGAUUGUCCAAAAUACAAACAUUUGUUGAUAAUGUUUGGUGGAUUACAAGGUUUAGAAUCAGCUUUAGAAAAUGAUAAUGUUUUGGAUGCUGAUGAUCCUAAACUACUUUUUGAUUACUAUUUAAAUACCUUACCUGAACAGGGUUCAAAGACCAUAAGAACUGAAGAAGCCAUAUUGGUGAGUUUAUCAGCAUUACGAUCAAAAUUAAAUCCGGAAUUUGAAGUUCAAAAGUUUGAUGAGACUAAAGUGUACUGUAAAGAUUCUGCCGUUACUGAGGACAAUGUAGAUGCUGUUGAUUCAGAAAUAAAUGAAGCUAAUAAUAGUAGAAGUAAAGAAGUUGAAAUUAAAAAUGAUAUGAGUAGAUUUGAUUCAGAUUAGUUUUGUAAAUAAAUAUAUACAAAAUACCCUCAAAAAAAUAAUAUUUAUAAACACC